UGUUUUUUACUUCUUUUUAUAUUUUUUUCUGGGUGAAGCGUUUGGUGUGCAUGCAGUGAAUAAAAAAAUAUGCAUCUGUGUCCUUGUGUUUGGUAUAACUAACUCGUUGACCUUUUCUUUUACUUUUUUCUUCUUAGUAAGAAAUUCAUUUAAUUUUGUUGUAACUGUACAUUACUGUUAUUAUUAUUUCAAAUCCAUCAAAUUCUCAUUUCCCUGAAAGUAUUGCACUUUGCAGAUUUCAGUUUUUCUUUCCUUUUUGCUGAAAGAGAUGCCACAGGCUGAAUCCAUGAACACUAUUACUAGUGCAUUUUUGUGCACUGAUUUAAGAGUAAAGCAAAGAACAAAUUUUCCCUUGCUUUAAGUGUGGGCUUGUAGAAAAUGUAACAUCUUCAUCUACUUCCAAGGCAAGCCAUUUUAUGGAGUUGCAGGAAACAUGGUAUAUGCCAACAUUGGAAUGCUUAAUGAGCUUGAAAGCUUUGACAUUGAGGAAGACAAUGAGGUGAACGUUUUCGACAUCCCGUCAUGGACAAGUGAACGUGGUUGCAAGGUUCUUGUUAACGUGGAUAGCUUUGGUGCAGUUGGAGAUGGAGUUUCUGAUGAUACUCAGGCUUUCCAAAAAGCCUGGGACAUUGCCUGCUCUACAACACAAUCGGUUUUCUUGGUACCCCUGGGACGCCAGUAUCUAGUAAAUGCAACAAAAUUUCAAGGGCCAUGCAAAGAUAACCUAGUCAUCCAGAUUGAUGGAACUAUAGUAGCACCAGAUGAGCCUAAUAACUGGGAUCCAAAAUUCUCACGAGCAUGGCUUGAUUUUUCUAAAUUGAAUGGUGUCCUUUUCCAAGGGCAUGGAGUUAUUGAUGGCUCUGGCAGUAAAUGGUGGGCCUCAUCCUGCAAAAAGAACAAGUCAAAUCCUUGCAGAGGGGCACCAACAGCAUUGACUAUUGAUAAGAGCUCAGCUAUAAAGGUAAAAGGCCUCACCAUCAAGAACGGCCAACAAAUGAACUUUGUCAUCUCUCAGUGUGACUCAGUGCGAGUUAAUGCAGUACAAGUCUCGGCUCCAGGAGACAGCCCCAACACUGAUGGAAUCCAUAUAACUUCCUCUACCAAUGUGGUUCUCCAAGACUGCAAAAUUGGAACAGGGGAUGAUUGCAUUUCAAUUGUCAAUGGUACCUCCAAUAUUAAGAUGAAGAGAAUCUUUUGCGGACCGGGACAUGGAAUCAGCAUCGGAAGUCUUGGGAAGGACAACUCCACUGCCAUAGUCACAAAAGUGGUCGUGGAUACAGCAUUCCUCAGGGAGACUGCCAAUGGCCUCAGGAUUAAGACUUGGCAGGGUGGUUCUGGUUAUGUUCGUGGAGUCCGUUUUCAAAAUGUGAGGAUGGAAAAUGUAUCAAACCCCAUAAUUAUAGAUCAGUUUUACUGUGAUUCCCCCAAAUCUUGUCAAAAUCUGACAUCAGCUGUGGAAAUAAACCAAGUCAUGUACCGGAACAUUUCCGGGACUACAAAGAGUGCCAAGGCCAUGAAAUUCGCCUGCAGUGACACAGUUCCAUGCAGCAACAUAGUCCUGACUAACGUCAACUUGGAGAAGAAGGACGGCACGGUGGAGACAUAUUGCAACUCUGCCCAGGGCUUCGGGUAUGGCAUUGUGCAUCCUUCAGCAGAGUGUCUAAAUUCCCAUGACAAAGACUCUAUGGUCAUCACCGAUCCGGCAUCCGAAGUUGAGCUUGCAGAUCUCAGCAGGGAGGAGAUUGUGCACACUGAACUCUGAUUUGGUUCCUUAUAUGCGCAUAAUUAAAUAACUGUUUGAUAGUAUACUGAACAGGGUUAAUGAGCUUGUUGAGUGGUCUCUAGUAAUGUUAAGGAUUGUUGGAGGGAGGUUUGAGUUGCUCUUGUCAAAUUUUAAGGGAAGUUGCGGACAAUGUGAUCAUAUAUGUAGUUAUAGAUAUAACCAAACAGAAAGUACCAAUGAUUAUCUUAUAGUUAUAUAAAGAAUGAUUUCCUACUA